AUGUCUUGCGAGUCUUUUGCAUCUCCCGAUGGAGUCGCAGCGUCUUUUUCGCCUUCUGUACUCACAUACCUGACCGAGAUCUUCGACAGCAACGCACACGAGGCGACGACCAAUGACUGUGGCCAAUCGAGUCGGGACAGGAACAAGGCUUCAGCCGAAGCUUUUGUUCGCGCGAUUCAGGGCGGCGAACCCGCCACAGACAACCCACUUCUGCAACAUAACUCGGUAAGCAUGAACGAGUUCUUGGUGCACAUGGCAUCUGGGGCGGCCGACGCAUUGGCUCUGCCUAGGGUGUCUGAUUUAUUGCAACCCCUCUCCGAUUACUUCAUCAAUUCGAGCCACAAUACUUAUAUCACUGGCAAUCAGCUCACGAGCAAAGCCAGUGUUGAGCCCUACCGAAAUGCGCUUUUACGGGGCUGUAGAUGCAUUGAAAUCGACGUGUGGGAUGGCAUAUCAUCCGCAGAAUGGUCAGAUGGCCCAGGAAGGGAUAAAACAAGCCGUCAAUUGACGCUAAAACCGCAUAGCCAUGAAGAAGGGAAAGCAAACGUGCCGUCUCGAGGCAUCCAGGAAAAAUUGUCCGGCUCGUCGCUGGCACGGCUGCGUGAUAUCCCACGCCAGAGUCCAAAAUAUUUCUCGUCCACAUCAAGCCCGUCCCACUCAGAUCCAACGAACAUCAAGGCAGUCUCAACGCCGUCUGCCAAGAGGCGGGAACCACGGGUUGUGCACGGUCCCAGCCUCAGUAAAGGCGUCCCCUUUCGAGACGUCUGCCAUGCCAUCCGCGAGACCGCGUUUGUCUCAAGCGACCUACCAGUGAUCAUCAGCCUAGAAGUCCACGCGAGCCCCCAACAGCAAGAGGUCAUGGUCGAGAUCAUGCAGGAAAUCUGGCAAGAAUUCCUUGUGGACACCGAUUCUUUGAGCAUGACAUCCUUGGGGAGAUUGCCCAGCCCUCACGAGCUGCGGCGAAAGCUCUUAAUCAAAGUCAAGGGCCCACCGCUUGAUCAUCAUGCAGAUAGCGGACAAACCGAGGUUGGUCAAGGGCCUAAGGCAAUAGGGGCGUCCCCGAUGCGCAAGGUCAUAGAUUUGCUGAGCUCCUUAGCCGUGUAUACCCAGGGGUACUCCUUUCGGGGCUUUUCACAGCCCGAAGCCUCCCUGCCCACGCACAUCUUCUCUCUGUCCGAAGCAGCGAUCCGCAGACUUCACAAGAACGACGCGGACUUGCUGUUCGCACACAACAGAGGCUUCCUGAUGCGAGUCUUCCCGUCUGGGCGGCGCGUGGACUCAUCCAAUUUCAACCCUUGCUUUUUCUGGCGGCAGGGAAUCCAGAUGGUGGUAAUGAACUGGCAACGCCUGGACACGGGCAUGAUGCUCAAUGAGGGCAUGUUCACAGAUGAACCCGGCUGGGUUCUAAAGCCUGAGGGGUACAGGUCAGACCAGGUCGCCUCGGCGUCGUCAGGGGUGGGAAAGCCUCCCUUCCCAGCAGUGGGCUCGACGCUCAAACGACGCAGUCUAUCCCUUACACUGACGUUGUUUGCGGGCCAGAACAUCCAUCCUCCCACGGGUGAUUCUCACGACCGAAUUAAUGCCUACGUGACGUGCGACCUUCACCUCAUGAUACCAAGUGAGAGGUCCCUUGACGACCUGAGCAUCGCGGAGAUAAGGAGAGCACAAAGGCCUAGAACCUAUAAACAGCGGUCGGAACCAAGCAAGGGCCCUAAUCCGGACUUUCAGCGAGAACGGCUGUGUUUCCCCCUGGUUUCGGACGUGGCUGAAGAACUCAGCUUCCUACUGUAA